CUCCUCCAGCUUCGGGCUCCGCUCAGAUGAUGAAGAGGAGGAUCCAUAAAAAAUACCUCGUCCUGAUUCUGGCUUACACCGGUCUGCUGCUCCUAAUCCCCUACGCCCUGGAUUACCGGGACAAACCGGAGCAGCGGGGACUGCAGCCCCAGCCGCGCUGUCCUGACCUGGACCGCACGAUGGCGCUGCUGUGGGAGAACUACAACAUCAACGGAUCCGACCACCGCGAGGGCGCGGGGGGUUUCAGCGGGAGGCGCGUGCACGUCUAUUUGCACGCCACCUGGCGGACGGGUUCCUCGUUCCUGGGAGAACUGUUUAAUCAGCACCCGGACGUCUUCUACCUGUAUGAGCCCAUGUGGCACAUCUGGCAGGCCCUGUACCCGGGUGAUGCGGGCAGCCUGCAGGGGGCAGUGAGGGACAUGCUGAGCGCCCUCUACCGCUGUGACUUCUCCGUGCUGCGUCUGUACGCCGGCUCGGCUAACAUCAGCACCUCCUUCAUCUUCGGAUGGAAAAGCAACAAAGUCAUCUGUUCGGAGCCGCUGUGCGACUCGCACCGCCGCGCCGACGUCGGCCUGGUGAGGGAGGAGCUGUGCGCCAGGUGUCAGAGGCGAGAUAUCCAGGAGCUGGAGAAGGAGUGUAAAAAGUACCCAGUGAUGGUGAUCAAGGGGGUCCGGGUUCUGGACCUGAGCACCCUGGUUCCUCUGAUGAAGGACCCGGACAUUAACCUUCAGAUCGUCCAGCUGUUCAGAGACCCGCGGGCCGUGCACAACUCCCGGCUGAAGUCCAAGACGGCCUUGGUGAAGGAGAGCAUCCAGGUUCUGCGGAGCAGGAAGCCCAACGACGGCUACAAGCGUCUGUUUCUGCCCAACACCAGGGUGAACCGGGCCGACAGCUACGUCUCCGCCGCCAUGGAGCUCAUCUGUGACAACUGGCUGAGGGACAUGCUGCUGGUGUCAGGCGCUCCUCCUUGGAUUCAGAGGAACUACCUAAGGGUCCGCUACGAGGACCUGGUGUUGCGCCCCCUACUGGAGCUGCAGAGGUUGUACCAUUUUUCCAACUUGACGACAUCUCCUGCGCUGGAGAACUUUGCCCUGAACAUGACGCACGGACGUGGGUAUUCCUCGGACAAACCGUUCCUCAUCUCUUCCAGGGACGCCAAGGAAGCCAUCUACGCCUGGAGGGAGCGGCUGAACGUGGGACAGAUCCAGCAGGUGGAGCUGUUCUGCAGCGAGGUGAUAAGGCUGCUGGGAUACAACAAACAGCAGGUGGAGAACACAGCCACGUGAGGGCGCCACUGAAACGUUAGGUCAAAGGUCACAGGGAAUCUUCUGGAGUCAGGACCAAAGACAACCAUGAACCAGAGCAGCAGCAGCAGCAGCAGCAGCAGCAGCAGCAGCAGCAGCAGCAGUAACUGGACUAACCCUCAGACGACACCGUUGUUCUCCAACGACCAAGCUGUCGGUCAGACUCACCGUUAACUCAACAUUUAACAAUCACGCGUUAAUUCAGAGAUUCCACGUCCAGCUGAUCCUGACUCUCCAACACACCUGUGGAGGCUCAUCGCUGCCACCUGCUGGAUCUGUUUUCCACUGACCAGUUACAAAGAGAGAACAAAAGACGACUCAGGGCGAACAUUUGUUGGUAUGAACAGCUAACAGUGCUAACAGCUAACGGUGUUAACAGUGCUAACAGCUAACAGUGCUAACAGCUAAGUCCACUCACGUGGAGCAGUGAAAGAAGAAAGUCCAGUGUGAGAUCUAAGGAAACAUAGUUUGACCUUCUGACCUCUGAGGAAUGUACACAGCUGUGGAAUACCCCUCCCUCUUCCCCCUCAUCCCCCAACACACACACUCCCACACCCAAACACACACACACUUGAUGUGAGAAUUGGUCUUUGGAGUGUGGACCUACUUGAACAUCGGUACCGAACAAAGCUGUGAAACCUUUGAACCUGUGUUUGUUUUCACUGAUGAAGGUGAAGAGAUCGUGUUCCAGGUUCUGACGGUUCUUCUGUUGAAGGAACAGUUCUGUGUCCAUGUGGAACCAGCAGUGAAACCAUGGCCGGAGAACAGACGGGUUCUAAGGUUCUGAUGGAGGAACGUCAGAGAUUAAAGGCUGGUUGGGACACACACACAUGCAAAGGUCACAGCAGCAGUCAUGUGAUGUGAGGCAGAACAGAGAAGAGCAUUGUGGGUAGACGACAUUCUUCAGUGGAACAGAAGUCGUGGUCUUUGCUGCCUCACAUUCUUCAGACAGAAAACAGGAACAACUGAGACUGACUGACAACAGUACUGUUCCUCCUGCAGGACCACAGUUCCAUAACUGAUCAAAGACUGAUCAAAGACUGCUCAAAGACUGGUUAAUCAUUGAUGUGAAUGAAACGAAAAUGUCUGACCAAAUUUAAUAAACUUGAAUUUGAAGUGAA